AUGAGGUCCUUUUCCGCAUUGUUUUCCAGAGCUCUCCUCGCCACCCUUUUUUGUUGCUGGACGUCCGCGCUGCCGCCGCGCUCUGCUGCUGCCACCGCCGCCUAUGCUGUUGCUUCCUCUGCCGCCGUCGCGUUGGUGCUUUUACCGCAGACCGUCAGCCCGGGGCGACUUCAUGUGCACGAGGGUAUCUUACCGCAACGCGCCCGCGGUGCCGUAUUCGACAUGGACGGCACCCUGCUGGACACAAACGAUAGGCGUGUAGAGAGCUGGCAAGCCGCAUGUUCCCAACACGGCCUGCACAUGGACAAGCCCACCUACAUGGCGCUCACGGGCAUGUCGGGCCAAGAUAUCGUGGACAGGUUGUGCGCUGACCAGGGUGUUGACCUGCCCCUGGAGGCCCGCCGCGAUCUGGUGACGGAGGAGAACCGGCUGUUUAAGGAGCGCGGGCUGCCGGCUAGUCCCGCGGUGAGCCCCGUCCUGGAUGUGUUGGAUGAGGCCCAGAGGCGCGGCAUGAAGCUGGCGGUAUGCAGCGGGGGCACGAGGGACGCGGUGGAAAGGUCUCUGUCUGAGAGGGGCCUGGCCGACCGCUUUGAAGCCAUAGUCACCUCCGCUGAUGUGCCUCAUGCCAAGCCUGAGCCUGACAUCUUCCUGUUGGCUGCGGAGCGCCUGGGGCUGCGGCCGGAGCAGUGCGUGGCCUUCGAGGAUGCACCCAUGGGCAAGCAGUCCGCGCGAGCUGCGGGUUACCUUGCUGUGGUGGACGUUACUAAGCUGCCAGGUCACCCAGAUGGGGUUGGGGGCGGCGGGAAUGAUUCGGGGAGGGCAUUUUUUCAUGGCAAUUUGGACAAGCUGGUUUACGUUGAUCAGUCUGAAGGUUUUGUGACUAGCGAGCGUGGUCAAAAGUGCGGGUUGUUGACAGUUUGCGCCAAGCUAGUCGGGCUUGGUACAUAG